AGAGAGAGAGAGAGAGAGAGUGAGCAGAGGGGAGCGUGAAGGGGGGGGGAGAAAGAGCGAGGGAUAACAGUCGAUGGAUGCUGCUUGGACGCUCUGGUCGGUACAAUCUUCAGUGACAAGGACCGGAGAGCUGCAGGGAUGGAUGGGAAGGGAAGACACAUUCCUCCAGCCAUUCAUUGGUGCGAGCGGGGAAUUCAGGUGCUUCUCACCACUGUGGGAGCAUUUGCAGCCUUCGCCUUGAUGACCGUGGCCAUUGGCACGGACUACUGGCUGUACGCUCGGGCCUUUAUCUGCAACAGCACUGCCAACUCCUCUCAGGAUGACCCCCACAACAAGGACAAGAAGGAUCCUGGAGCCCUCACCCACUCCGGCCUCUGGAGGAUUUGCUGCCUGGAAGGAUUGAAGAGAGGAGUAUGUUCCCAGAUUAAUCAUUUCCCAGAUGAUGCUGAUUAUGAUCAGGAUGCUGCAGAGUACCUUUUACGUGUAGUCAGGGCCUCCAGUAUAUUUCCUAUCCUCAGUGCCAUAUUAUUGCUGCUAGGUGGAGUGUGUGUGGCUUCUAGUCGGUUCUACAAGACCAAAAGACACAUCAUUUUGGGAGCAGGCAUUUUGUUUGUAGUGGCAGGCCUGAGCAACAUCAUAGGUGUCAUUGUAUACAUCUCGGCGGCGCUCAGUGAUAUCUCUCCCAAAAAGGACGAGGACAAGAAGUGGCAUUACUCUUACGGCUGGUCCUUCUACUUUGGAGGCCUGUCAUUCAUCCUGGCGGAAGUGGUGGGCGUGCUGGCCGUCAACAUCUACAUCGAGCGCAACAAAGAACUGCGCUGCCGCUCGCGCACCGACCUCUUCCGCAGCACGACCUCAGCUGUGUUACGCCUGCCGGGAUACCGCUUCCGCCGGCGCUCCUCCCGCUCCAGCUCGCGCUCCACAGCGGAGCCCACCCGCUCCCGCGAGCAGUCCCCCACCUCCGCCAUCGCUCCCAAGAACUUCGGCCCGCCCCUGGCCGCCGGCCCACCGCCCUUUUCGGUAGCCACGCUUCCCAAUCCGCACACGCACUCCGGAGGUGGCAUGGGGGAUAUAUCCAUGUACACGCUCGGCAGGGAAGGUAAGCCGCCCAUGUACGGUACAGUCGACCGUGACACGCUCUACCAGCUGCACAAUUACUUUCCGACGAAGGAGGGUGGCGGCGGAGCGCUCAUGACUGGAACGCUUCCUUCUCUUUCCAAGUCGAACCUGGCUGCGUCGACCAAUGCCACCCUCAACACCUCGUCUUCCUCUGGCCCCCAGCAGGCACCGAUGUCCGCCGGCUCCUCCGCCACCAUGGAGAGGGAUCGAGGGCUGGGAACCUUGGAUCGGCUUGGUAAAGGAGACAGUUCAAACACUAACACUCUCAACAGGAGAACAACACCUGUGUAACGAAAGGCUGGAGGGGUAGGGAAGAGAGUGACGGGGAAAACAAGCGAUCACAUGAACUGGAAGUAAAGCGGGAACAGGGGAAUGGGA